UUCCCCCUACAAUUCUUGACGUUGGACCAUAUCCUUCUUCCCUAUAUAGUUGAAAAUCUCCACGAAAUCUCAACUUUGCAAAUUUUAUAGAUUAUUGGCUCUAGAUAAUUAAGAUCCUUAUCAAUCUUUUCAUCUCAUCUCGUUCAUAAAUCUCUCUCUCUCUCUCUCCAAAGGAAUAGAGUUUAUCAGAAGAACAACGUGAUCAGGUCUAUAGAAUGGAGGGUGGCUCGUGGGCUGAUCAAUGGGACACCAGUUCAGAUCCUCUGCCGGAGAAAAAGAAGAGCGGCGGCAGUGGGGCGGCGGCCAAGUAUGGAAAGAAGGUGGGAGAAGGGCUGGGCAAAACGAAAGCGGUGGCGUCCACAGGCGUUAAGAAGGUUAAAGAAGGGACCUCUAUAGGGUUCAGAUGGAUCAAAGACAAGUACCAGAAGACCACACACAAACAUUGAUUUGUUCUUCGUACUCAUCAUCAUCAUCAUCACACACACAUACAUUUAUUUAUGUUGAUUACUUGUUUCAGUGUGUUGAUCUGUUCAUAUACAUGAAAUAAAUGCUUCCUUUUUCUUUCAGAAUUAUUGAUCAUCCUUAUGUUAUUAGAUUC